UAAUUAGAUAAUUAAGAAAUAAAUGCUCUCACUCAUUGUAAAAUUUAUUGGUUAAAGCGUACAUAAUCUCACGGCAAUUUAUUCAUCACACAGUUUGAGUGCCGCUAUAAGUGAUUGUCAAAACCGUCUGGUCAACUUUCGCGCCUUUUGUUUGCAAAUGCUCGUUGGUUGUGCUGAGUGUGUGUCGCUAAGUUUUCUUGGUUUUGAAUUAAAAUAAAAGCGAUUUCGGAUUAUUCGUCAACUAUGCCAUUGAUUACCCGGAGGGCGGCCAGUUCUCGGCAUAAAACCAGCACUAAAGACGUUCUUAGUGAAAUCAAUGGCGAAAUUGAUGACGCGUCUACGCGAAACGUGAAUGGUACCUCGAAAUCAAUUAAUGACGAAGUAAUUAAUACUGAAAACGGUCUCAAGACGCCCAAACGGAAUAACAAAAGAGCCUCAAAGUUAGCCUGCAAUGGACACACCGACGAAAGCGAUACAGAAACUAGUUCUCCGCCAAAGCAACCCAAAUCAGAUCCCGCACUUUUCAGUCCAUCGAGCUUGAUUAGAAAUUUGCGAAUUGACGACCAACCAGACAAGGAGGAACGUUCUAAAUCGCCGAGAAAGUCAUCCCUCUCACGAUACGGCAACGCAAGAAAAGUCUUAAAUGGGGCAGAGACCGACGAUCUCCCUGGACGAGAAGCUGAAAUCCAAGAGCUAAGGAGCUUCUUUCUUAGCCACCUUGAAAGUGGUACAUCGGGGAGCCUCUACGUUUCCGGCCAGCCAGGCACUGGCAAAACCGCCUGCCUAACGCACAUCCUCCGCUCCGAAGAAAUCAGCUCCAACUUCACGAAAGUCUAUAUCAACUGCACCGGGGUCUCGACGGUGGGCAGCAUCUACAAGAAAAUCUGCACCGAAUUGCGGCUGAAACUCGAUGGAAAAACGGAGAAAGACUCCUUGCGCGCUAUAGAAAAGUACCUUUCCGGGAAGCACAAGAUGCUUCUGAUGAUACUGGAUGAAGUGGACCAACUUGCCGGUAGGAAACAGUCGAUCCUGUACACAAUUUUCGAGUGGCCUGCGAAACCCAACAGCAAAUUAGUUCUGGUUUCGAUUGCUAACCAGUUGGACUUGACAGACAGGACACUGACCCGAUUGAAUGCCAAAUGUGAUCUCAAGCCAAAGUUGAUGCAUUUCUCCCCGUACUCCAGGGAGCAAUUGAUAACAAUUUUCAAAUCCCGACUCGAAGCCGCUGGGGUUCUGAACGUCUUCUCCCCAGGAACGUUGCAACUGCUUUCCGCGAAAGUGGCGGCUGUAAGUGGAGACGUCCGGCGAGCACUGGACAUCGGCCGGCGUGUCGUCGAGUUAGCUGAGCAGCAGCAGAAGAAGCCAAAGUCCAAAGUAGAUCUAACCGAGUUAGGCAUAGACGGUAGCCCCCCAAAAAAGCAGAACCAAACUACGCAGGGUGCGGUCCCCAUGCAAUUAGUCGUCUCCGUGUUGAACAAUGUCUACGGAGCAUCGCAAACACUCAGCAACGACAUCGAAGACACGUUCCCGCUCCAACAGAAGAUCCUGAUCUGUUGUCUGCUGCUGAUUCUAGAGAACGACAAGAACAAGGACAUCACAAUAGGACGAUUGCAUGACGUAUUCAAGCGAGUGUGCUCGAAACGGAACCUGAUGGCUGUGGAUCAGGCAGAGUUCGUUGGACUCUGCUCACUGGUCGAGACUCGAGGCAUCGUUCGGGUGAUCGGCAAGAAGGAGCCACGACUUAGCAAGAUUGUGCUGCAAUGGGACCAGGGGGAGGUCACUGCGGCGCUCAAGGACAAACAGCUGAUUGCUGCGAUUCUACAGGACACAUUAUGCCUGAAGAGAUGAUAGAUUUUAAGUUGUUUUAAGUUGACCACGAUGUGUUUUAUUUUGAGGAUGAGACUGACUCAGAUUUUUAAAAUAAAUUGUUUUCAUUUAAAGAAA